AACUGCUGCACAUAUCAUCGCAUCGGGGGUGCGGGAAACGCAGGAUUUCCUGUGGUAUUGCUGAACUGGACACAUUCAAGUUUUAGAUUCGCAGAAGUACCUAGUCCAUUUUAACGUCCAUUGAUUUAAUGUCUUAAUCAAAACCUUCUCAUCUGUACGUGCUCUAGACUACACCUCGACAUAGUUAGUCUUGAAAGAAGUCAUCAAAAAUGUCCGAAGCCACAGUGGCCGAUACUCGCCGGUUAAACUCUAAACCGCAGGACCUGACGGACGCUUACGGCCCUCCCAGCAACUUUCUGGAAAUCGACGUGUACGACCCGCAGACUAUAGGAGUCGGCCGCAAUCGCUUCACUACUUACGAAGUCCGGAUGCGGACAAAUCUUCCCAUUUUUAAACUGAAGGAGUCGUGUGUUAGACGAAGAUACAGCGACUUCGAGUGGCUGAAGAAUGAGCUGGAAAGAGACAGCAAGAUUGUUGUGCCUCCAUUGCCUGGAAAGGCAUUGAAGAGACAGCUUCCCUUCCGUGGAGAUGAAGGCAUUUUUGAGGAGUCCUUCAUUGAGGAGAGACGAGCUGGGCUUGAACAGUUCAUCAACAGAAUUGCAGGUCAUCCUUUGGCCCAGAACGAACGCUGUCUUCACAUGUUCCUGCAAGAAGAAAGUAUUGACCGGAACUACAUUCCCGGAAAAGUACGGCAGUAGGGUUUUCCAAACUGGGACGAGGGAGGGUCUUCUUUCUUCGGUUGUCAGCUUCUAUUCCCAUUCGUCUGCAGACAAAGUGCAGAGUAACAUUUAUUUUUACACCGAGCAAAAUCUAGAUACCUGAUGAACCGCGCAGGACUUGGUUUUAUUUAACAGAUCAUGUUUUGUACAUGUGUCUGAGAGUUUCUCUUUACACACACAUUGUAUUUCUUUUACAUCUAUACAAUGUACUUGUUAGUGUGUGUGUGUAUACAUUAUAUAACUAUACAUUAAGCUGUAGCACUGUAAAGCAAAGAGGGUUGUUGGCUCAUAUCUUUGUCCUCUCUGGCGACUAUUGAAAGAAACGCGUACUUUUCAAGAGUCGGGGUGUCAUUCCAAACAGUGCAAAUGCUUAACAAUUUUGUAGAGGAUAAGAAAAAUGGUCAUAGAUGUAAAGCGUUACACAGUUUGACAGAAGCAAGCUGAAAAAAAUGUUCUGGGAUGUGUUUCAGACAUUUGAAGCUUGCGAUUGUUUUUGUAGUUGCGUGACCAUCAGCAAGACUGUAAAAUUCUAGCCAGUAUUCAUAAUUGCAAAUGGAACUUGUAUAAAAUGUUGCUUGUUACUCGUUUAAAUAUGGAAGCUUGGUACACUCUUAAAAAUAAAGGUGCUUCGAUGCCAUAGAAGAACUUUUUUUGUCUACAUGGUUCCAUAAAGAAGUUUUACAAAAGGUUCUUUAUGGUGAAUGGGUUUUUAAACAACCUUUGACUGAAUAGUUCUUUGAGGAACCAAAAAUGGUUCUUCUAUGGCAUCGGUGAAGAACCUUUUAAAGCACCUUUAUUUUUAAGAGUGUACAACGUUUUUUAUCUCAGAUAUUUUUUUUUUUUUUUUUUUUAUAAUUCUACCUUUUCUUCAUGAUUCUGAGAGGGGAAAAUGCAUAACUGAGAUGUUAGCUCUUAUUUAUGAGAAGAAAAGUAAGAAUUGUGAGAAACUCACAUUUGCAAUUAAAAGUUGCAAAAAAAAAGAUAAUUUGUGAGGGAGAAAACCAUCACAGUUAACCGUUUUUUCAUUUUUAUUUUGCAACAGAAACAAUUGUGAGAUGUAAGCUCAGAAUUGUGAGAAAAAGUCGAAAUUGUGAGAACUCCGUUACUUUUUUUUUUUUUUUUUGUGGCAGAAACAAGCUUCCAUACUUGACUGUCCACUACAUAAUUUGAAUAAAAUGUAUAAGUACCACUUCAUUCAAAUAUGAAUGUUGCAUUUCAAUAUGAUUAACGCACUUGCCAUCUUGCCAACUUCCAGCCAUCUUGGAUUAUGAAGAGAUUAGAGCCUUUUAAUUUGAAUUUUACGUGAGAAGAUUAAUGCUAAUGUUCACAAAUUCUGUUAGCAAACAAGUAAGUUCGAAAACCUACUAAAUAAAGUAUAUAUCAGGCCUGUUAAAGGAACACUCCACUUUUUUUUGAAAAUAGACUAAUUUUCCAACUCCCCUAGAGUUAAACAGUUGAGUUUUACCAUUUUCGAAUCCAUUCACCCGAUCUCCGGGUCUGGUGGUAGCAUUUUUAGCAUAACUUAGCAUAGAUAAUUGAAUCCGAUUAGACCGUUAGCAUCUCGCUCAAAAAUGACCAAAGAGUUUCAAUAUUUUUUCUAUUUAAAACUCGACUCUUGUGUAGUUACAUCGUGUACAAAGACGGACAAAAAAAUAAAGAGUUGCGAUUUUCUAGCUCGGUAUGGCUAGGAACUAUACUCUCAUUUCGGUGUAAUAAUCAAGGAACUUUGCUGCCGUACCAUAGGUGCACCAGGCGCAAGGAUAUUACGCAGCCGUCAACUCUGGCUGCAACUCUGCAUCUACACCAACUUAGUGCCGGUCACUUUCUGGCACUGUGUAAUAAUUUUUUUUGAUUAUUACGCCGAAAUGAGAGUAAAGUUUCUAGCCAUAUCAGCCUAGAAAAUCACUUUUUAUUUUCCGUCAGUCUUAGUACACGAUGUAACUACAGAAGAGUCAAGUUUUAAAUAGGAAAAAAAUCAUCACUAUAUGUGGUCAUUUUUGAGUGAGAUGUUAUCGGUCUAAUCGAAUUCAAUGAUCUGUGCUAAGCUAUGCUAAAAGUGCUACCGCCAGACCCGGAGAUCGGCUGAAUGGAUUCAAAAACAUUAAAACUCAACUGUUUAAUUCUAGGGGAGUUGGAAAAUGAGCCUAUUUUUUUUUUUAAAAAGUGGAGUGUUCCUUUAAGUAUGUAUUACCCAUUAAUAUGCUUUAAAUAGUUGGAAGGUAUGUUCUAAAAACUGAUAUUAGAGGUGAAGUGCUGUAAUGUCCGUUUGUCAAACACUAUAAAGUUUUCCAAAGUAAUAAACAAAUGUACCUAUUUUUGGUAUGAAAUAAGUGCUUAAGACUUGUAUUGUGAGUCUGAGUUGUGCGGAAGACCUAAAAACGGCUCUCUAGGAGGACAAAAUAUGUGCCAACUGUGUAAAGGUUGUCCUGCCAAAGUUCAGUCAUUUACCUCAGAAUGACUCUAUAUUUAUGUUAUCUCCUGUGUUCAUCGAUUUGUGCCUGUGACGUUUGUCUGUAAAUAAAGUAAAACGAAAUAGAGCACCGGCUGGAGAUUUUAUAAUAUCAGAACUCGUUUUCCUUAUUGUGUUUAUUCUCUCUUCCAUUUUAGGUGUGAAUGAAGUUUUGGUAAACCCCCCUCCCCAUCCUGGACCCAUCUACUCCACCAGCUCUUUUCUGCACAUCAGUCAAAGCCUUUCACAGCUGCUGUCCAUGAUAUCCUGUAUAUAUUUCUAUUCUCGAAUAGAACUAGGCUACAACAUCUAAUUCACCCUGAGGAUGAACUCAUCUCAGUGCUGUAUUUAUACCUCAUGCACUCUUUUUGUGGAAAGACACGUUCUUUAAAGCAAACAUUCCUUAAAUAGUGCUUUCUGUGUUAAAACUCCUGGCUUAAAACUUUAAGGCAACCCACAGAUUUUUCUCCAAAAAAUGUUAUAUAAGGAGAAUUGGAUCAGGCCAAGUCAGGACGUCAAGUUUAAGUCUUUAAUUAGAUUUACAGCAAAAAGCUUCAAUUCCAAAAGAAAAAAACGAUAUCACGACACAAAACCAGAGAACAAUUGUUAUGAAGAUGGCGCCAGCUCACCAAAUGUAGCACUUCAGAAGCUAAAACUGGGAUUGCCUCUCGACGACGUCUUCCUUUACAUUCCGUACUUCAUUCGUAUCCUUUUGACUUUGACUAAAUAUGUUAUUACAAGGCUUUCGCAACCAUGUUUAAAUGUAUUUUCGUUUGUGUCCGUGUAUGAGAAGCUUUGGGAAUGUACAUAUUCAAUCACUGUGAAAAACUGAUUUCCAUUACAAAUGUGUCACACUUGCUGUUAUGUUUCUAUAUGCCAUGAUCUCCUAAGAUGAGUUAUGUUCUUUUCUGGCUCUUUCUAUUCUGGUUACUUUCAGGACUGUGUGUAAAGAAAAGGGCACUAAUUGAUUUUUAAACGGAUAGCCAUCCUUUCUACCCAUGAAUAAACCCUCUCUGUCUCCUUCA